AUGUCUUCUCAAAAGGCUCUUACCCUGACGGAGAUUGGAAAGCCCUUGACCCAGGCAAGCUUGCCCUGCCCCGAUAGCUCGCAGUUGAAAGACCAUGAGAUCUUGGUGAAGAUUACUGCGGCCGGAUCAGUGAUAUCCGGCGACAUUGUCGGAACAGUCAUCGAAAAUGGAGCCAAGAGUACCUUCCCUGUUGGAAGUCGUGUCUUUUCCCAGAUGCUAUUUAGCCUGCCCCGGGGUGGUGGCCUUCAGGAAUAUACCACUCUGAAUGGGGAAUAUGCCGCCAUCGUGCCAGAAACUGUCCCGGACACCGAAGCAGCGCUGUAUCCAAUCAAUCUGGUUACCGCAGCACUGAGUCUCUUUUCGGCUGCUGGCUUUGACCUGCCACUCCCUGAGACCCCCGAGGCAGCGGACUUUGACUAUGCGUCUCAGAAGAUUGUUAUUAUUGGCGGCGGAAGCAAUAUCGGGAAGCUGUCGGUCCAGCUUGCCAAGCUUGCUGGUAUUGGCACCAUUAUUACUAUUGCAUCUUCAUCUAAUGAAGACCUUCUCAAGAGCUUCGGAGCUACCCAUGUCAUUGCGCGCCAAGAUGCGAAUAUUGAUCUUGGUGCCUCUUUGCUGUCCAAUUCAAAGAAGGGGAUUUUUGCUCACAACGGCACGGGCCAAAUUCCCGACUUGGUGAUCCAGAAGAAGAAAUAUGGGUUGGAAGAUAAGCGCGUGCUUGGGUUCUCGCACUUUAUUCCAGAGUUCGGUCAAACCCUUUGGAGAAAGUUUCCUGAUUGGUUAGAACAAGGCAAGAUUAAGCCUCUGGCAUACAGGACUAUCGAUGGCUUAGAUGCAGAGAAGGUAAACGAGGCGUUGGAUGAGUAUGCGGCUGGACGAAGCGCACAGCGGUACCACGUUCGUAUAGUUUGA